CGUGAAUCCCAGGCGGCCGGGAGGUUCCGCGGUGUGUGCCUGUCUGGUCUCUACCUUGGAGCGACUUCUACCCCUUAGACGGAGAGGAGGUUGCGAGAUGGCGUAUCCUAGCGGCUCCAGUUCAGGCUCCAGCUUCGAAUUUCUUCUGUUUGGGGCUCACUGCAACCAGGGGCGUGGAGGAAGUGCGGUUACAUUAGUUUUGCAGUGCCGGAACCUCUGGGAGACCGAGCAAGCCUACCACUGACGUUGUGCUUGAUGAUGAUCCACAAUUUUUGCUUAUCCUUGGUGUUAUCUUUUCGUGGCUGCCUCUAUAACUGAUAAUCAAAUAGAAGGAAGGGCGGGAUUGAACGCACUCAAGAGAUGGCUGCCCAGUGUGUCACAAAGGUGGAGCUGAAUAUUUCCUGUGACAAUCUUUUGGAUAAAGAUGUAGGGUCAAAGUCAGACCCUUUAUGUGUGUUAUUUUUGAAUACGAGUGGUCAACAGUGGUAUGAGGUUGAGCGCACAGAGAGGAUUAAGAAUUGCUUGAAUCCCAAAUUUUCCAAGACAUUUAUUAUUGAUUACUACUUUGAAGUGGUUCAGAAAUUGAAAUUUGGGAUUUAUGACAUUGACAACAAAACUAUCGAGCUGAGUGAUGACGACUUCUUAGGAGAAUGUGAAUGUACCCUUGGACAAAUUGUUUCCAGUAAGAAACUAACUCGACCACUGGUGCUUAAAAAUGGCAGACCUGCAGGGAAAGGAAGCAUUACGAUUUCAGCUGAAGAAAUAAAGGAUAACAGAGCUGUCUUGUUUGAAAUGGAAGCAAGAAAACUGGAUAAUAAGGAUCUAUUUGGAAAGUCAGAUCCAUACCUGGAAUUCCACAAGCAGAUGUCUGAUGGAAACUGGCUAAUGGUUCAUCGAACAGAGGUUAUUAAAAACAACUUGAAUCCUGUUUGGAGGCCUUUUAAAAUCUCUCUUAACUCCCUGUGCUAUGGAGAUAUGGAUAAAACUAUUAAGGUAGAGUGUUAUGAUUAUGACAAUGAUGGGUCCCAUGAUCUCAUUGGAACAUUUCAAACCACCAUGACAAAACUGAAAGAAGCCUCCAGAAAUUCACCUGUUGAAUUUGAAUGCAUAAAUGAAAAAAAGAGGCAAAAGAAGAAAAGCUACAAGAAUUCAGGUGUUAUCAGUGUGAAACAGUGUGAGAUUACAGUGGAAUGUACAUUCCUUGACUAUAUCAUGGGAGGAUGUCAACUGAAUUUUACUGUGGGAGUGGACUUCACUGGCUCCAAUGGUGAUCCAAGGUCUCCCGACUCCCUUCAUUACAUCAGCCCCAAUGGUGUUAAUGAGUAUUUGACUGCAAUCUGGUCUGUGGGACUGGUCAUUCAAGAUUAUGAUGCUGAUAAGAUGUUUCCAGCUUUUGGUUUUGGAGCUCAGAUCCCACCUCAGUGGCAGGUUUCUCAUGAAUUUCCAAUAAACUUUAAUCCAUCCAAUCCCAACUGUAAUGGAAUUCAAGGCAUUAUAGAGGCAUAUCGGACCUGCCUUCCUCAGAUAAAACUCUAUGGACCAACUAAUUUUUCUCCAAUCAUAAAUCAUGUGGCCAGGUUUGCUGCUGCAGCCACACAACAACAGACAGCUUCUCAAUAUUUUGUGCUCUUAAUCAUUACUGAUGGCGUGAUCACAGACCUUGAUGAGACCAGACAAGCUAUCGUUAACGCUGCCAAGCUGCCUAUGUCCAUCAUCAUUGUCGGAGUUGGAGGUGCUGACUUUGGUGCCAUGGAGUUUCUGGAUGGUGAUGGCGGAAGUCUCCGCUCCCCGUCGGGCGAGGUAGCCAUCAGGGAUAUUGUCCAGUUUGUGCCUUUCAGACAGUUCCAGAACGCUCCAAAAGAAGCGCUUGCUCAGUGUGUCUUGGCGGAGAUCCCCCAGCAGGUGGUAGGCUACUUCAACACAUACAAACUCCUUCCUCCCAAGAACCCGGCUACGAAAUGAAAGGAGCUCUGGUCGCCUGAGCAGAAAGAAGUCUUUUGUGAUGUGUGGAGCAAUGGAUUUCUCUCUGACCCCAAAUCAUGAAUCUGUCAUUUUACAUGCUUCUCACGAACCCCAGCAUUUAUGAUGCAAACCUAGUUCUCUAUGGAUUAUGUCUAUUUAAAGCAUUCUUUUUUACUUUUUUUGGAGGAAAGUGCUAACUUAAUCUUUGCCCAGUCAAUUCAGUGAUUGCUAGUGAUUUACAGUAAUUGCAGUGAGGCUAUUUGGAUUAGAAACUGGUGUGAGAAAAGCGGAUUUUCUUCUUGUGAUUGUUUACUUUCAUAUGACGAAAAUGCUGUUUUUGAAUGUUUGUAAAUAAGAAAGAGUGGAAAAUUGUUGGAAUGAUGCGAUUUACAGGUUGCUGUGCUUUGCUCUAGGCAAUAUAUGUUUUAUAAGCCAAUGUCCAUGCCUGAUGACAAGAGCUUCUUAAAUUAGAUGAUAUUGAAUUUGUUUCUAGAACUAUACUUAGUGCUAUUCCAUGGGAUAAAACUACCUUUACUUGUGCCUGAAUUUUGCUGCAAUUUAGACAUGCACAGUUCAAAACAGCACGCAUCCUCAUAGGACUUCAUGAAAAGUACCGAAUGAGAAGGGAAGGCACAUAUUCAGUUCUUAAAAUUGUACAAUCAACAAGUAAAAGGAACCUCAUGUAAGUAAGCCAUUUUUAUUUGCCUUCCUAGAUCUUUCAUUUUCAUUAUUGAAUACCAUAAACAUGGUCAGAUUUGACCUUUUCAUUGAUUGUAUGUAACACUCAGGAUUCUAUAUCUGCAUUGAUGAUAGGUAGCCCUAGAUUCAACAUUAUUAGAUUAUUUUAAUUGGAGUUUGUUAAAAUGGUUAGGACUGGUUUAUCCAGGAAAAUUAUAAGGACGAAACAUAUAAGGGGAAAUUCAGAAUUCUACUUCCUUUUAAUCAAUGAAAGACUUUGCUUAUUAAAAACGACAGUGUUUAUACUUUCCUUGUUAAGGUCCCAUAUAUUGAUUUGUACAUUUGUGUAGAUUCAUUUAGGUAUUCUCUCUUUUUUUUUUAAGCAACAUUUUUAGUCUGAUUUUUUUAAACUCAUGAUAGUGGUUAUUAAUCAAAAUCAUAUUUUACAUUUUAAUAAUGUGCUAUUUCAUAAAUCCAGAAUGUAUUGUAUUAAGCCUAAAACCUGUUAUAACUUUAGAAAAGAUCCAACUGCUGCAUAGGAUAGAGUGGACUUUAUAUGCUUUUUUUUUUAGUAGAAUUUUUUUCCUGAUUUUUACCCUUUAGAAAAUAAUACUUCGCAAACAUUACCUUUUCAGAAUAGAUUCAGUAACGUUUUAUUGAGGAGCUGUGUGCCAAGUACUAUGCAUAUCUGUGUAUUGGCCAGUCAUCUUGAACAAUUUAACAUUGAGAAUUACGUGUUUAUUAUGGAUCUGUAAAUGGAUGCACCCUAAGCCUAUCAGUCUUACUGAAAACUUGCACCACAGCUCAGGUCUCUUGUUCCCUGAAAUGUCUGAAGCAAGUGAGCUCUCAGCCACGAACAGCUUUUGGCUUCUCAGAAACUGCUCAUUGCCAAGGUCAGGCUGAGAGGGGAUCUGCUCGCCACAGUGGUUGCUUAGCCCAGGUGAGCAGUUAACAAUUUCCCACUUAGCUAGCUCUCCUCUGGAUAUGUGUUGUUAACCUGAAGGUACCUAACUAGUAGUCUGUUGCUCUAUAGUAUGUUUCAUUAGUUGACAAGUCAUCUUGACAUCAGUUAGGGGAGAAAAAAACUGAUGAUUCUUCCAAUAGUUCGGAGCCUUUGUUGUCUAAGAUGUCCUAAUUUCAUUUCUCUUUGUGUGCUUGGAAACAGCAUAUAUAUGUUACAGUGGUUUUCAGAAUUUUUUUUUUUUAAACACAUGAAGCCUUUAAAAGAAACGAUUUACAUAUGUUCUCAAUGUAUGGUAAAACAGAAGUAGAGGUUUUCUGUUUGAAGCUGGGGCAGGGUCCACAGCCCCACUCACUGGACCUCCUCCUCACUCUCCUUAACCAGAUCCUGGCAGCACCUGAGUCACCUGCACAGGACACCUGGAACCACUGGUCAUGAGCAUUCAUUGUUUUUAUUGGCCAAAUAACAGUACUUCUGUCACCACUGUCAAAUUGAUUUGGUCUUCAUAAUUUUAUAUUGAUUUUAACCAGAAUUGUUCCCUUUUGAAAAUUAAUUUUGUAUUAUGCAAAUUUGCUGUGAUUCCAGCAAAUUAGAGUAAUUGAUACCUUUUUCAGUUUCGAAUAAAAGCAUUUAUAAUUUCUAAAUUAUCAUUUUAUAAAAUUCUUAUAGUUUCAACAUUUUACCUCAUCACAUGCUGAUAUAGUAUUGUUUUAUAUUAAAAUAGUCCUUUUCUCUAUUGUGCCACCAUUCAUGCAAGUGCCAUUAGUUCUUAAAAUGCAUUUAAAGAAAAAAUAACCAAGUUUACUUUCACACUUCCUAUAAACAGAUAUAUUACAAACAUAUAUUAGGGUGACAGUGCCAUGGAUAGAUGUAAUAUUUCUGACAUCUGCCUGUGCUGAGAAAAUAGCAAUUAACAUGGUCAUGUCACCUUGUGCUUAGAAUUGAAAAUUUUAAGAUCAUAAAAAUUUAAAGUCAGAUCAGGGAUUUACAGCUAUCCGUUUUGGUAGUGCCUUAGGCAACCUUUCCAGAGUAAAUUCAGGGCCGUGUUGCUGCCUCUGCCUUAUUUGACAUACUUUGCCUUUUUCAUUUUGUAAAUUUUCUGGAAAGUCAUCUUCAGUAAAUUUCUCCUAGUUUCUUUAUGUGUGUGAUUGAUAGUCGUGGAAGUGACACAUAAGGUAAGCUAGAAGCUUGGUUGAGAUCUCAAGAGACUAUUUUGUGCUUUUAUGGAUCUCAUACUUGAUAAUAAAUGUAUGUUACUAAUAUAUGAAUUGAUGUUAAAUGUAUCUUGCAUCUGAAUUUCCUUUGGAUAAAAUUAUUUCGUGGUGUGAGACAAUAGUGUCUUGUUUUCAUUUUUAUUCUUUCUCUAAAUGUUGUUCAUUGAAAAGUUAGAAAUAAAGUUAGUAUUUUAAUCA